GAGUCCCUGCUGGUCAGGACACUCUUGGUCCUGUCCAGUCAGCCUUCUGCCCCGUCCGAUCCUGUGGUCUCUUUCCACUGUCAGCCUCUCAGCCCUGAACAGAAGCCACCAUGCAGCAGCUCUGUGUGCUCCUGUGCCUGGCGCUGCUCUGCCAGCAGGUGCCCGCCUUCCGCUGGCACCUCUUCCCAGAGAAGGAAUCCGAGGAGCCCCUGGAGACCACGCCAUCCCCCCAAGCCCGGGACUUUGCCUUUGAUCUCUACAGAGUCUUGGUGGAGACAGAGUCGGGCAAGAACAUCUUCUUCUCCCCUCUGAGCAUAUCUGUCAGCCUGGGGGCGUUGUCCCUGGGCGCCAGCUCCAACACCAAGCGGGAAAUCCUGGAGGCCCUGGGUGCAGGAGGCCAGGAGGGCUGGGAAGAGCAGCUCCACACCAACUUCCAGAAGCUUCUGCAGGACCUGCUCCAGCCCAGAGACAACCUGCAGCUGAACCUGGGCAACGGGCUCUUCCUGGACAGCCGAGUGCCCGUCCUGGGCCCCUUCCUGAGCGCCCUGAGGACCCACUACCUGGUAGACACCUUCCCAGCCAAUUUCUCAGACCUCGAGGCCGCCAAGAGGCAGAUCAACACGUAUGUGGAGAAGGAGACGGGGGGGCAGAUCACCGAGCUGGUGAAGGACCUGCAACCCCUCACUGCCAUGGUACUGGUGAACUACAUCCUCUUCAAAGCUAAGUGGGAGACAAGAUUCAACCCCCAGGACACGACGCAGCGUGACUUCCACGUGACCCCGGAAACAGUGGUGCAGGUACCCAUGAUGCAGCUCGAGAACCAGUUUGACUACUUCCUGGACCGCAGUCUGGGCUGCAAGGUGGUGAGGGUGCCCUACAAGGGGGGUGCCCAUGCCCUGCUCGUCCUGCCCAACCAGGGCGGGCUGGAGCAUGUGGAGAGCAGGCUGACCCGGAGGACACUGCAGAAGUGGCAAAAGAUGUUCAGAAAGAGGCCCAUCAACCUCUCCCUGCCCAAGUUCUCCAUCGACGGCUCCUAUGAGCUGCACAACAUCCUGCCCAAGCUGGGGGUCAAGGAGGUCUUCACUUCCCAGGCUAACCUGUCCAGCAUUACCGGCCGCUCCAACAUCUUCCUGUCGGAGAUGGUGCACAAGGCCGUGGGGGAGGUGGACGAGUCGGGGACCAAGGCAGCGGCUGUUACAGGGAUGAUGUUCAUGUUCAAGUCAGCUCGCAUGAGCUCCUUCCAAGUCGAGUUCAACCGGCCCUUCAUCAUGGCCAUCGUGUACAACUCCACGGAGAUUCUGUUCCUUGGCAGAGUCUACAAGCCCUGAGAGACCAAAGGCAGCUGAGCCAAGGGCAACGGUGUGUGUGCAGGGUCUGCUGGUAGCUGGCAAGGACCCAGCUUGGUGCUUUUGUGAGGCUUUUGCAAAAAUAAAUAGUAAUAACGGAGUAGA